AUGGCUGACGACUUUGAGGAUUUGUCUUCGGCCGCUGUUAUCGACGUUACCGCUAAACGAAACGCCACUUCCUUCGGCGAAUGGACUGAAUCUGACGGCCAGUCGUUUAGCAAUAGUAAGGCCACGACCAGAGCGGCCGUCCAUACGGUGUUGAACGAAAAGUUGACGACUUUGCAGAAGACUGGCGUCUGUUUGAUCUACAAUUUGGCGCUCAAAGAGCUUUUCGACGACGUGGCCACAGAACUGGCCACUGCUGUCCUUCAGUUCCUUCACGGAGAUCUCCCUGAAGACCAAGCGUAUAUGUGUUUGUUAUCGAUUCAACGGUUUAUGGCCAUCAGUUAUAACGACGUGCCAGCGCUGGUCAAAAUGCUGGGCCCAGACCUCAACAAAUUCAAGGGUUUGUCCGAUAGAGUCGACAAAUUAGUAGAAGAAGUGAACGCGAAAUUAGCAACACUUCCAUCCCUUCAAACCGAUUGAUUUCUUUCACAAAUUUAAUUAAAACUCAUUAUAAGUUAUGUUAUGUUAUUUCAUAUGCCUUUUAAAAACGAGUUCAACAAAAAUUACAAUUUAUUUGCGAGAAAUUGGUUUUAAUUUUCUAUUUCAUGG